CCUAAACAAGUCUUCUCAAACGACUAUAAGUGCUUUCAUUAAAUGAGACUUGGACUUUGUAAAACAUUACAUACUUGUUUGAGUUGUGGUUGCGGUUGUUCAUACGGAAAAACCUGAAUACCAACUUAAACUAGAAGAAGAUGGUAUCGCCUGGGAUUAUGGCAGAUGCUGAUUCUAACUCGCUACUUAGCUUGGUCUCUUUCUUACUCUUUCUUUUGAUCACCGCAACAGCGGUGACCGGAGAUUCUCUGGACAGUGAUAGCCAAGUCUUAUUGAACUUUAAAUCUUACCUUGAAUCUUGGAACCCAACAGAACGAGGAAAGUACAAUGAAUGGGAUACAGAGAAGCAAGAAGUGUGUCAAUGGCCUGGGAUCACAUGUACUCCUGAGGGAAGUAGAGUCACAGGGAUCAGUCUUAGGGGUUCCACCAUCUCAGGUCCGAUAUUCGGUAACUUCUCCGCCUUAACGCAGCUCACAUUUCUCGAUUUAUCAAGUAACACGAUCGGAGGGUCGAUUCCAGAUGACUUGAGCCGUUGCCACAGAUUAAAGCAUCUGAAUCUUUCUCAUAACAUCAUUGGUGGGGAGCUUAGCUUAUCAGGGCUAUCGAAUCUCGAGGUUCUUGAUCUGUCGGUGAAUAAAAUUUCCGGUGAUGUUCACUCUACCUUCCCAUUGAUAUGCAACAGCUUGGUUGUUGCAAAUCUAUCGACCAAUAACUUUAGUGGCAGAAUAGAUGAUAUCUUCAAUGAGUGUAGGUAUCUGAAGUAUGUCGACUUGAGAUACAAUGGAUUCAGUGGAGGGAUAUGGGCUGGUUUUAGGAGGCUGGUCAAGUUUUCAGUUUCUGGGAAUCGUCUCUCCGGGAAUAUCUCAGCUUUCAUGUUCAGGGGGAAGUGCAAUUUGCAAGUGUUGGAUUUGUCUGGGAAUGGUUUUGUCGGGGAGUUUCCGGGACAAGUUUCGAAUUGUCAGAACCUGAAUGUGUUGGAUCUGUGGGGAAACAACUUCAGGGGAAACAUUCCGGCUGAGUUAGGAUCCAUAUCAUCUCUCAGAGGUUUGCACUUGGGAAAUAAUAUGUUUUAUCGAGACAUACCGGAAACUCUCCUGAACUUGAGCAACUUGGUGUUUCUGGGCUUAAGCAGAAACAACUUUGGAGGAGAUGUACAGGAAAUAUUCGGGAGAUUCACUCAAGUAAAGUAUCUAGUUCUGUAUGGGAACUCAUACGUUGGAGGCAUCUAUUCGUCUAACAUCCUCACGUUACCUAAUCUUUCAAGGCUAGAUCUUAGCUACAACAACUUUUCAGGCCGGCUACCAUCUGAAAUCUCCCAGAAUUUGACAUUCUUGAUUCUUGCUUAUAAUAACUUCAGCGGCGAUAUACCACGUAAGUAUGGGAACAUGCCGGGGCUUCAAGCACUUGAUCUCUCGUUUAACAGGCUGACUGGUUCAAUACCAGCUUCGUUUGGAAAGUUGACAUCUCUUUUGUGGCUUAUGCUUGCAAAUAACUCUCUGUCAGGAGAAAUCCCACGCGAGAUUGGAAACUGCUCGAGUCUAUUGUGGCUGAACGUGGCGAACAACCAGCUCUCUGGUGGACUCUAUCCUGAACUGACUAAUAUGGGUAGCAAUCCUACCCCAACGUUUGAAGUGAACCGGCAAAGCGAGGACUACAUAGUUGCUGGUUCCGGUGAAUGCUUGGUGAUGAAGAGAUGGAUUCCUGCAGAGUUCCCUCCUUUCAUAUUUGGAUUGGAAAGUCUUACAAAAAGGAGUUGCAGAAGCCUGUGGGACCAUGUUCGUGAAGGGAAAUGUAUAUUUCCUGUAUGCCCUCCUGGUUCUACUGUGGGUCCCCUCGAUGUUUCAGGCUAUCUUCAGCUCAGCGGAAACAAGAUGUCCGGCGAGGUUCCUGCAAAUAUAUCUCAGAUGAAGAAGUUGAGUAUGCUUCAUUUAGGGUUCAAUGAGUUUGAAGGGAAACUGCCUAUAGAGAUUGGACAAUUGCCUCUUGUGUUUCUUAACCUGACCAGAAACAAGUUCUCAGGCCAGAUUCCUCAACAAAUCGGAAAUAUAUAUAAUCUGCAGAAUCUUGAUCUGUCUUACAACAAUUUCUCUGGAAACUUUCCAACGAGUUUGAAUGACUUGAAUGAGAUGAGUAAGUUCAACAUCUCGUAUAACCCUUUCAUACAUGGUGUGAUACCAUCUAGGGGACAGCUUGCAACCUUUGGAAAAGACUCCUUUCUAGGAAAUCCUCUGCUGCAGCUUCCUAGUUUCUUUAACCAACCAGGGAACAACAAUUCGAGUUCAGGAGAACGAGAUAAUGGAAGAGAAGAGGAAGAAGACGAUGAAUCUGCUAUCGACAUGUUGGCUUUCUGUUGGAGUACUGUUUCAUUUUAUGUGGUUGCGCUGAUAGGCACUCUAGUACUGAUAUACUUUGAUUGUCCUUGGUGUCGAUGCUUUCACAGUAUCUUUGAAAAGCAAGUUGUCUUAAAAUCGUUUCUGAUCAGUUGUUGGAUAUUCCUUAUCAAGGAAAAAGCUUGAACCCUCUCUGGUCUUUCCGUAAGUAUAUGUGUUGUAUAUUUAACUUGUUUAUUUGAGUAUUAUAAAAAAAAAAAAAGUGGUCUCCAAAGACAAAGACGUGUAUAAUAACUUUACUCUGAACUCUUUGGUGUUCUUGGGCCAGUACUUGAUAUGGGUGAUGAUACUGACAGAUACAUGGACACUAAAACUGUGUUGAAGAAGAAAAUAAAUAUAUAUCUUGGCGAUCAAGAAGUACAUAAUCUCUCCGAGUAUCCUCCCUACUUGAUCUAAUAACACAAAUAGUGAUUACUGGGAGUGGACUGGCGUAGAGUGAAAUCUUACAGGCAGACCGGUGACCAAGCUUUCAGGUAAUGGGGGUGUCCAUUCUUGAUAGUUAUGGAGGCUACCAGUGAAAUUGGUGAAGAGUCCAUCAACUCCAAUAAUCUCAAGUACUCUUGUAUUCCUUAUACAGUCUUGGCUGAAGUUAAAGGAUCAGACAGUAACUUUUAGUAGAAAGAUAACAACUUUGAGGAAUACACAAACAAGAAGAGUAUCAUAGAAUAAGCAUUGGUAUUUUCAACCACUUCUUGGACAAUUAUGUGCCUCCGUACCUAUACUUGUUAAGUGUCUCCUCAAGUUAUGCUGAGAAGAACCCAUUGGUAUGCAUCAACUCAAGUAUAAGAAACAAAAAAGAACGUUACAAGUGAAAAAGCCAGUGUGUUGUUUUACGAUCUCAUGUGAUGUUUUAAACUCCUUGUGAGUCGCAACAUUGGUUGUUAGGUCAAGGAUAACAUCAUGGAAACAUAUAAGCACCACCGUCUUUGGAUGAUAAGAUAUUUGUUUCUAUGAAGUCUGUACCUUCCUCAAUUGCUCUCUGUCAAAUAGUUUGAUUAAACAAAAUGUUCCAAGGAAGAAGGAAGAUCCACUUCC